AUGUCCCCCUCCCACGAGCCCUCCGACCGUCGCUUCGACCGAGAGGUUGACGACGAAUCGCACACUGACUCGGAUUCUACCGAUGAGGAAGGGUGGGAAGAUGUCGAGCCUGAUGACGAGAGCCAGCCGGUUGUCGGUCUCUUUUCAGAGACAGUGUACCCGGAUGUGCGUGCGAUGCUGAGGGAGACCAAGGACAAACACAACUUCGAUCUGCGCGGGGUGCAGAAGGAGCUUGAUCUGGACUUCCUCGAAUCUAUCAAACUGGUGAACUAUAUCCGCACGCAGAUUAAGGCGGGAAACAAGACACCCGAUGUCUCGUCCAAGACCCUGUUCGAAGAUGACGCGUACCUGAAGCCCGUUCUGGAGGACGAUGCUCUCUUGUAUAGCUUGGAGGAUCUUGACGAUCUCGAAGAGACGCCUGCGGCCGGAGAGAACGAGGCGGAGCGUCGAGUCCUGGAGCUGCAGGAAGAACUCGAGCGCCUGCAGAGUCAGUUUUCUGAAUAUAGAAUGGCUGUGCAGAAGUCGAUGGAGGAACAGCUGUCCGUGGAAGAGACAAAGCUGGGAUCGGCGCCAAAGGGGGCUUCUGACAAGACCAAGAAGAGCGAAGUCGAAGAGGAAGAGUCGGGCUAUUUCACCGCGUAUGCUUACAAUGCGAUCCACGAAUCCAUGCUGAAAGAUGCCAUCCGCACGGAUUCCUACCGCGACUUUGUCUACGAAAACAAGCACCUUUUCAAGGACAAGGUCGUCUUGGACGUGGGGUGCGGAACGGGAAUUCUGUCCAUGUUCUGCGCCAAGGCUGGAGCGAAGCGAGUCAUCUCCGUGGACAACUCGAACAUCAUUGAGAAGGCCCGGGAGAUUGUCUAUGAAAACGGGUUUGGCGAUGUGAUAACCUGCCUGCGCGGGAAGAUUGAAGAAGUGGUUCUCCCGGUUCAGCAGGUGGACAUCAUCAUCUCCGAAUGGAUGGGCUAUGGCCUGCUCUUCGAAGCCAUGUUCGACUCGGUCAUCUACGCGCGCGACCGUUAUCUCGCCCCGGGGGGUCUGAUGGUCCCCUCUCAUGCGACCCUGCGCGUGGCGCCGUAUGCCGACCCUGACUUCUUCGCCUCGCACAUCUCCUUCUGGGACUCUGUCUACGGCUUCAACAUGGCGAGCAUGCGCGACAAGAUCUACGAUGAGGCCCUGGUCCGUGUGAUCAAGCCGUCCACGAUUGCAGGCAACUCGGAUGUCUUCCUGGAACUGCCACUGCACACGAUCCGCGUCGAUGAGCUGUCCUUCCUCAAGGACUUCCAGGUCACGCUCGGGGAAGACAUUGACGCGCUGGACGGCUUCGCGGUCUGGUUCGACAUCUUCUUCAUGCCUUCGUCCUCGUCCACGGUGGCCCGCGAAGCAACCCCCGCCGAUAUGAAGAAGAAGGGCUAUGUCGCCUUCACCACGGGACCGGACGGCCCCGAAACCCACUGGCAGCAGACCAUCCUGCUUUUCGACCGCAGCGUCCGCCAGGGUGUUCCCUUGAAGAAGGGCCAGACGAUUAGAGGCCAGCUGGGCUACCAGAAGAAGGAGCCGCAGUCGCGCUCGCUAGACAUCACCGUCGACUGGGACGCGUCUGAGGGCGAAAAGGGCUCGCAAAAAUGGUCCUUGCAGUAA